ACUUUUAACUUCAGUAAACAUCACUUCACUGACCACUCACACUCCAUCUCCACACACUACCCAAAGCUCCUCUCUCAUUUUCCCUUUGGCAGGAAAAUGCAGCUUCAGAUGGCAUCCACUAUAGCCACUGUAGUUAUUUUUCUAGCCGUCCUUUUCCCGUAUUGUUCAUGUGAGACCCAAAACACUCAGAUCAGUAAAAUCAAACCUUCUGCUGCUAAAUCUGAAUCUCCAGCUCCAGUGGCAGCAGUACCCCAAGUGAGUUUCACCUCUGUAAUGUCAGCUCACGGAUGCAAAAUCUUCGCCGACAUUUUACUUGCUUCACCUGCGGAAAAGACAUACGAGGAUAAUGUCCAAGGUGGUCUAACCAUUUUUUGUCCAACUGACGAUGCAAUGAAAGACUUUGCUCCUAAGUUCAAGAACCUAACUGCUGUCGGGAAACAGUCCGUUCUUGAAUAUCAUGGUGUUCCAGUUUAUCAAUCGUUGUCGAGUUUGAGAACAAGUAACGGUUUAAUGAACACGUUAGCUACUGACGGUGCUAAUAAUUACGAUUUUGUUGUCCAAAAUGACGGCCAAGAUGUUACAUUGAGGACCAAAAUCGACACGGCGAAAAUUACAGGAACUGUACUUGAUAAAGAGCCGUUGGCGAUUUUUUCGAUUGAUAAGGUUUUGGAACCUAAAGAAUUGUUCAAGGGUGCUCCGACUCCUGCUCCAGCACCAGCUCCGAUAGCUGAGUCCCCCAAGCCGGCGGGAAAGAAACAUAAAUCCCCGCCGGCGCCUGCUUCUCCGGCGGAUUCCCCGGCGGAUGGUCCCACCGGCGAUGUCGCGGAUUCGAAGGCAGAUAAGAACGGCGCGUUUAGAUAUAAUGCUGGUGCACUGGUCGUCCCUGUUUUGUGUAUUUGGUUUGGCCAUUUGUUGCUGUAAUUUUAUUUUGUUAGAUUGACCUUUUCUUUUUCAGUGUUUUUUUAAUUAAUUUGCUCUUAAGUCUUAGAUUUGAAAUAAGAUUGGCCAAUAUGGGUCUCUGAAUUGUAACUUGUAUUUGUAGUGGUAGGAUUGCUUUUACUAGGUUUGUGAGUGCCUUUCUAAAAAAAAUUCACUGUAUUAUUUCUUUGAUUUUCUUUGUUUUUCUACUUCAGAGUGAGAUGUGAUUUUAUAUUCACAUGGAAACACUCUUGCUUGUGAAUCACAACUUUAUUGGUCCUCA